AUGCCCGUCCUCGUUACUGCAUCGAAACCUACCUCUACAAAAGCAAAUGGUCACGAAGAACCACACCUGGCUGCAGAUGAUGUUUUUGAAGGAUCAUCUACCCUGAACUUGCCCUCAGUUAUUGAAACAAACACAGUAAACUUAGCAGCUGAAGGAGAAUUAGAAGAUAUUGUAAAGCCGAAAGACUGGGAGCGGAAGAUGGGAGAAAAGGAGAAGCGUCGUCAAGAAAAAAAGGCGAGCUUCCUCGUGAAGAAAAAACAAAAAAAGGAAAAGAAGGAGAAAGAGGGCGGAAAGAUCUCAACAGAAGGUCUACCUGUAAUUCGCGAGAAACCUCCAAAAGGCAAAGCGAAAAUAGCUGCUUUUGGUGCACUAAGUGCAAUCGUAGAUGGCGCUGACAGCAACAGCGACGAGGAGCAGGCAGCCGAACCUCCAAGCAUUCUUUCAAAACCUAAGGGAUCUGGUCUUUUGGCCAUGUUACCAACUCCAAAAAGGAGUGCAAAUAGUAGCGGUUUUGGUAGUGGAGGAAACAAAGGAGGCGGUAUUAUGCUACCGCCAUCGCUGAAGAACAAAAUGAAAUCUACUCCUACCUUACUCAAACCGCCUAGCCAAUCUGCAGGAGCAAAACGUCCUGCUGUUACUGCUUCGGAAGACUCCGAUGAUGACGAUUUGCCAACAGACUUCUUCGGUUUGUCAUCAGCUCCUGAGCCGAAGGUCCCUAGAGUUGGAGACAUACCAGCGCUUGUCCCUGGCGUAGCUGAUGUAAUGGGACCCUCUCGUCCUGAGAAAGAAGACGUUGUUGAUGACGUUGUUGGUGCUUAUGGAUAUCCUGAGGUUCAACCAUCUUCAAGUGGUAUGACAGAGCCUGAAGGCAUCAUUACUGAUGAGGAGGCGCAUCGUCUCAUCAUGAAGUAUGAAGUUACCCCUAUGGGACUAGAUCAACGUUCUUACAACUCAGCAGCUGCAGAUAUAGUGGACAUAAGAGUGGACGAUGCGUUGGGGCCUGACGUGCAUGCAACACUUUUGAAAAAUUUGCAUUCAAAUGUUCGUGCCCGAGACGCUAUGGCACCUCUUCCAAAACCGAAAAAUGCGGCUGAUGCAACUUCAAAGAGAAAGCAUCAGAUCACUUAUUUAGCGAAUCUGGCUGUUGCCCGAGAGGAAGCGCUCCAGCAACAAUGGGCUGAGAGCAAACAGAUGAGAAGAAUAGGACGACAGAAGUACGGCUUCUAA